AUGGCGAACAUUCACAUCACGGACUGGUAUGAAGAAGAGGAACGGCUGCUCGAAGAUAUAAGUAGCGGCCCUCCUUUCCCCCUACUAGACCAUCGCCUCCUCCUACUCAAGUGGGAACUCUACAAGGAAAUCUACCCUUGGGACAAAGAGAACCGCCCUGCUCUACCACCUCCACCAAUGUCACUCAACAUUCAUGUCACCACCUCCAUCACUCACAGCACAUCGGAGCCAGGACUACUUCUCAACAAUGAUGGAGAUGAACUCCCGCUUCUGAACAACCUUAGUGAUGAAGCACUGGCAGACUCAUGGAGGAGUGCACGAUGGGGAGAUGACAAAGAUGAGACAGCAUCACCCUACGAUGUCUUCAUCGCCACACCACUAACAUUCCUCAUGGAAUGCAAUGGCCAUCAUCUCUACAUCCAUCAUAUGGGCACAGGCGACUUUGCCACCUUCCAUGCCUUCAUCUUCACUUGGGACAAUCAGAAGGUCACAUGGCACCUCUACUCGGAGGACUCGCCUCAUCGUGUCUUCAGUCAAUGGGUCGCUCUUCUCUAUCCACCACCCAUUCCAGGCAUGCAUGACUGGCAUCCAACACUCAACUGGAUGCGUGUCAUCAGCGUUCGCUUUGCAGGCAAGGAAGAAGGCGUUGAACAAUACGAGGUUGAACUAUUCAGGAUGUUCUCUGAUCAAGUCUGCUAUGGAGAUGCCAAGACACCUCGUGAGUUCACGCCGGUUGUCUUCCAAUCCCUCAUUGCCAUGAUCGAAUGGCCUGGAUGGCUUACCGAUGGUGUCGAAGCACUGAAGGCACCUACCGAGUUCCAUCCUCAGCCCCAAAAGGAUUUCGACGAUGGCUGGGAGGUCGUACCCCAUACCACCAUCCCAGUCUAUGACCACGUAGGUGUUCGCGGGGGAUGUUGA